GCACUGACCAGCCGAGAAACAAAAGAGAGAGCUGAGCCGGGCUCCGUGCAGCCCCGGGAUACCCGGGCGCUGCGGUCGAGGGAAGCUGCCGUGGCCGUGGCCUUCUUCUCCCUCUCUGCUCCACCCAGCCCCCAGAAAGAGGACAGCUCAGCUGGCUUGCCACCACCUGGGUCCCCUCCUGCCGAAGGAGGGGGGACAGGAGCAGGAGGCACGGUCCCCUGGGAGGCUGGCAGCAGCCUGGGCUCCUCCGGGGACGUCAGCAGCAGUGGGGAGGCUGCCCUUCCUGUCUCAGAAGCACCGGGUGAGGAGGAGGAGGGUUGCCCAGGCUCUGACAUACAAACUGAUCCAGACCCCUCCACCAUCCUGGAGCCAAAGUGCCCCUUGCAGCCCGCCGACACUGCAGACACAGCACCCCUGGCCCAUGAUGGUGCCGGGGAUCCUGCCCAGCUUCCAGCGGUGGGAGACUCAGAGCCCUGUGGGCUGCAUCUGGCAGAGCCCUCCCCACGCUCUCCAGGCCAGCAGGCACCUGAUGAGACCCCUGCCACCGCGGACCAGGAGAGCCCCCCAGAGCCCCCUGCCACCUUGCAGUGUGUGGAUGUGAACAAAAGCCUCGAGGCUAAACCAGAGGCUGAAUUAUCGGCAAUGGUGGGUGAUGGCUCCCUUGAGCAAGAGGAGGCUGUGCCAGCCAGCACAGCCCUCCCCGAAAUCUUGGAAGGGGAGACAGUGCAGCACAACAGCCCAGCAGGUGAAAAAGAGCCUGUUGAAGAGGAAACACCGCCUGAACCUGACGGCUCAGACACUGCAGGGAAAGACUCUGUCUCUUCCAAAGACAGUCUAGACAAGAAGCGAAAAAAAGGCAGGAGAGUGCUUGUGGCAUCAGACCGGCGUCUCCGAAGCCAGCAAUCCCAGUCACCUGCUGAGGGCAGUGCUGAGGACACUGGUUCUUCCAGCUCUGUGCAGCUUUCUUGCCUUCAGAUCCAGCUCUCCAAGAGCCCUGGCGCUAAGCGAUUCAAGAGAGAAGUGCACCUGGAUAGGGCAGCAUCCGUGCACUUCCCAAAUGACUGCUUCCCCAACGUGCUGCUCAAAACCAGCCAGGGGCCAGGCAUCGGCCAGGCUCCAGAGAGCAUCACUGAGCAGCGGCCAGGUGAGGAGAAUGGUGUCACUACCAGACAAACCUAUAAAAGCAUCUUAGCAAAAGAGACUGCAGCAGAGGGAGAAAAUUCCUCUGAAGACAGCCCCCCUGCUAACGGCAGCCAAAGUCAAACGGGUGAGAUGCUGGAAGUCAGCACCCAGGCUGAUUCUGAGAAGAGAAGCAUUCUCCUCCCUCCGGAGAGCAGCACGCCUGCAAAUGAUGCUGAACAAGUGGAUGUGAAACCGGGUGAUGCCAGCACAAAGGAUAAGGAAAGCUCCAACAGUGCCAUGGACAUGGGCAAGCUGGAGAACUACGAGCCAGUGGCCAAUUCACCUCUGUGUCCCAGCAGCAGAGGUGGAAGCAAGCAUCUUCCAGCAAAGGCUGCAAAACAUAAAAAGGCCGCUUUGCAGUUUUAUAACUUAAGACACACGCCUGCACCUGCAGACACUGCAAAAAAGAGCACACCAGGGAAGGAGUCUAUGCAAGCAAUCCCCAAACUGAGUGGCGAAAGCAGUUCAGGGAAUGAUGACUCCCCCAUGUUGGAGGACAUAGACACAGGUGACAGCAAACCAAAGUUCAUGGAGUGGUGUGCUGAGGAGGAGAACCAGGAGCUCAUUGCCGAGUUCAACACCCAGUACACAAAAGUUCAGAAAGGCUGGAUUCAGCUGGAGAAGGAGGUACAGCCAACCCCCAAAGUAAAGAACAGAGCUGACAAACUGAAAGAGAUUUGGAAAAGCAAGAAAAGGACACGGAAAAGCAGGGGCUCGCUGGAAGUGCAGAAGCUUUCUCCUGUCCAGAUGCUGUUUAUGAAGGCCUUUAAGCUGUCUGACAUCUGCCAGUGGUUUCUGGAGACAACUGAAACCAGGUCUCUAGUGAUCGUGAAGAAACUCAACACCCGUCUCCCAGGGGAGAUCCCCCCCAUCAAAGUCCCCAUGCAGAAAUACUCCUCCUCCAGUCUCUACCCCAGCUCACUGCAAGCUGAACGUUUGAAAAAACACCUCAAGAAGUUCGCCGCCACUACCCCGGCUCGGAAUAACCUGAAGAACCAAAAGCUUUGGGCCAAAAUUCGGGAGAACGCUGAUAAAGCAGAGGCUGAAGAAGCCACGGCUCCCAGCCAGACAUCUCCAGCCGGCACCGAGGACCAGAGCGAAGACAAAACCAUCCAGCCUGUCCCCAGCUUGCCCACACAGGCCAGCACCAGGAUCCUGCGCAAGUACUCCAACCUGCGGGGCAAGCUGCGAGCCCAGCACCGCGUGGUGAAGGCGGAGAAGAGGAGCGAUGGCCCAGGGGACCACCUGUCCCUGGAGAGCAAGCAAGAGCGGUCUGGCUCCUCCACGAAGGACAAGCUGCCUGCCAAGAAGGUCAGUAAAAUAAAGCAUUCGGAGGUCAGCGCGAAAGCUCCUGCCACCCGAAAGCAGGCUGCCAUGGAGAAGAGCAAUAAGCUGGCUAGAAAAAUGUCUUUGAAAGAGAAGAGAGCCCCAAGAAGGCAGCUGGAGAAGGUGCGGCUCCCCAUGCGGAAGGGCAAAGAGAACACGAGCAGACGGGCCGUGCUGCCCCUCGGCCAUGAAGAGCUGGCCACGUCCCUGAAGCAGAAGCCCCUGGGGGACUCCUCCACGCGGUCUCAGAAGAUAGCCAACAAAAAGCCCAGCGGUGGGAAGACCCUGACAAGGUCCAUGAAGAAGAUGCAGGAGAGCAGUGAGUCACAGGGCAAGAGGAAGCUGAGGGCAAAAGUGGACUGUUCGCACAGCAAACGCUCCCGACUGGACCCGAAAUAG